GGCACCAUUGUUCACCGAAGGAACAUCAGGAGUCUGAUCCAUAGCCACGUGUGGCGUAGUAUGUCCUUGCUGUGUGUCCUCGACUAAGGAAGCUUGCCCAGCAACAGGUGCAGUGAACGUCUUCAUCACCUCUUCGGCAUCGUGGCGAGUUUCUGCUUCAGUUUUCGAUGCUCAAUGACCACAGGAAGCGUAUCGCCCUCAUGAGCCAGCCCGCACAGCCGCUUCUGACACGUGCCCUUGGUUCAGACCUGACACUUGACGCGUUUACAGCCUCCCGGUAUGCCCCUCGCGAUGCAGGCCUAGCAGGAAUGUCCAGCGUCACAUGGCCAAUUUUCUGUAUAGCGCUGAGUGCAUUUCACAACGCGCGGUUUCUUCUCUUUUUCGGCUUUGGAGCACAAUUCGAAGCCUGGUUUCUCUUCCAAGACCUUUUUCUGAUCGACAGCUUGCUCAUGUCGCUUGUCCAGAUCCUAGUAAGCUGAUGAUAGGCCUUUGAGCUCGCGGCCGAGGUUGGCGAUCUCCCUGUCCUUUUCGAUGUUUCAGCAUCUUUCCCGUAGGGCCUCAGCAAUCGCAUGGUGCUUCUCCCUCACAAGCUUCUCAUUUGCGUCUCAAUGAUUCCCAAC